GAUCUACAACUAACAUUGACAAGUUAUUUAUGAUGCGAGGUGACUUGUAGAUCACUCAGCCUCGACUUGCCUUUAAAUUCGUCUGAAAUGUCGAACGCUCCCAUUGUUGCAAGAGGCGAACUCUGGCCGCACAAUACACCAACACUUUCACCAUUCCUGCGUAGACGCUGGCUAAUAAAUAGACAGUGUUUGUGCAUUGCACGGGCUUGAUUGUGGUUGCAUAUCUGUGGAUAGUUUAGCUUCAAGUAUCAGUUUACUUACUUAUUUUACCACCGCAAUGAACAGAGUAAAGGUAGUUUUUGGUCAUUUAUCGCCACCGAACACGUUCAAAACCCACAGCGAUCCUAUUGUCUCCGGGGCAAAAUGUAGUGCUUUAUCCGCCAGUCCAGAUGAUAUAGUGGUGGUCCACGGGCUGAGGACUGCUAUCGGCAAGGCGAAAAAAGGAUCUUUCAAGGACACCACUCCAGACGAGCUGUUGAGUUGUGUGAUGACAGCGGUCCUGGUAGAUGUGGGACUGUCACCUGAGAGACUAGGGGACAUCUGUGUGUGUAAUGUUCUACAGCCUGGGGCAGGUGCUCUCAUGGCCAGAGUGGCUCACUUCCUCAGUGAGUUCCCAGAGACUGUUCCCGUCUACACCGUCAACAGGAUGUGUUCCUCUGGACUACAGGCUCUGUUCAACGUCGCGGGAGCCAUCAGGAGUGGGUCAUAUGAUAUGGGUCUGGCCUGUGGAGUGGAGAGCAUGUCUCUGCGUGACGCUGGGGAACCAGGCGAUGUGAGCUCCAGACUUAUGGACUACGAGAAGGCUAGAGACUGUGUCAUACCUAUGGGCAUCACCUCAGAGAAUGUGGCAGAGCGGUUCGGUGUCUCCAGAGAGAAGCAGGAUGCGUUCGCCUACAGCUCUCAGCAGAAGGCCAGCCAGGCUCAGAAGCAGGGGAUAUUUGACCAGGAGAUCUGCCCAGUAACCACAAAGUUUGUUGACGAGGACGGCUCUGAACGUACGGUUACCGUAACCAAGGACGAUGGGAUCCGGCCCGGGACCACGCUGGCGGGGCUGACCAAACUCAGAGGGGCUUUCAAACCUGACGGCAGCACCACCGCAGGUAACUCCAGCCAGGUGAGUGACGGUGCAGCAGCGGUGCUGGUGGGCAGGAGGUCCGUGGUGGAGUCCCUGUCUCUGCCAAUCCUGGGGGUGCUGAAGGCCAGUGCUGUGGUGGGGGUACCCCCUGACGUCAUGGGUAUCGGACCAGCCUAUGCCAUCCCUGCUGCUCUGCGGCAGGCCGGUCUGACUGUAGCUGAUAUUGACGUGUUUGAGAUCAACGAGGCGUUCGCCAGCCAGGCUGUGUAUUGCGUGGAGAAGCUGGGGAUCCCCCUGGAGAAGGUGAACCCUAACGGAGGAGCCAUCGCCUUGGGUCACCCUCUGGGCUGCACCGGGGCCCGUCAGGUUGUCACCCUGCUCAAUGAACUCAAACGCAGGGGCAGGAGGGCCUAUGGCGUGGUGUCCAUGUGUAUCGGAACAGGGAUGGGAGCUGCAGCAGUGUUUGAGUACCCUGGACCUUAGAGGGAGCUGAUCAAUAAUAAUAUUGAUGAAGGGUUUACACUGUGAUGCUUCUUACACCUUUGACAGAAUCAGCCAUUGAUUAAACGUUGAGGUGUUCCUGACUAUUGAGUACUAACAGUUUGUCAGUUGUGUGAUUCAUCAUGUUUUUGGACUCCAUAUAAAUGACGGCACGAGAACUGACUGGUUAAUCAUUCCGUAGAUUACUGUAUGUUAAUGCCUUGCCAAAGUCUGAUACAUCUUUAAGUGCCUUGCAUUUCAGGAAAGCAAUGCAUUGUGCUUUGAUAUAGCGCUGUACGAAUCAAUCUGUAAAUAUGUGAUUUUGUUUGGAAAUGUUCAAUGUUAGGGGCUGAAAGAGUGAUGGAAUAACAUGGGGUAGAAUAGUUAGGAGAUGGUGAUAUGGAAUAACAUGGGGUAGAAUAGUUAGAUGGUGAUAUGGAAUAACAUGGGGUAGAUUAGUUAGAUGGUGAUAUGGAAUAACAUGGGGUAGAUUAGUUAGAUGGUGAUAUGGAAUAACAUGGGGUAGAAUAGUUAGAUGGUGAUAUGGAAUAACAUGGGGUAGAAUAGUUAGAUGGUGAUAUGGAAUAACAUGGGGUAGAUUAGUUAGAUGGUGAUAUGGAAUAACAUGGGGUAGAAUAGUUAGAUGUUGAUAUGGAAUAACAUGGGGUAGAAUAGUUAGGAGAUGGUGAUAUGGAAUAACAUGGGGUAGAUUAGUUAGAUGGUGAUAUGGAGUAACAUGGGGUAGAAUAGUUAGAUGUUGAUAUGGAAUAACAUGGGGUAGAUUAGUUAGAUGGUGAUAUGGAAUAACAUGGGGUAGAAUAGUUAGAUGUUGAUAUGGAAUAACAUGGGGUAGAAUAGUUAGAUGUUGAUAUGGAAUAACAUGGGGUAGAUUAGUUAGAUGUUGAUAUGGAAUAACAUGGGGUAGAAUAGUUAGAUGUUGAUAUGGAAUAACAUGGGGUAGAAUAGUUAGAUGUUGAUAUGGAAUAACAUGGGGUAGAUUAGUUAGAUGUUGAUAUGGAAUAACAUGGGGUAGAUUAGUUAGAUGUUGAUAUGGAAUAACAUGGGGUAGAAUAGUUAGGAGAUGGUGAUAUGGAAUAACAUGGGGUAGAUUAGUUAGAUGGUGAUAUGGAAUAACAUGGGGUAGAAUAGUUAGAUGGUGAUAUGGAAUAACAUGGGGUAGAAUAGUUAGAUGGUGAUAUGGAAUAACAUGGGGUAGAAUAGUUAGAUGGUGAUAUGGAAUAACAUGGGGUAGAAUAGUUAGAUGGUGAUAUGGAAUAACAUGGGGUAGAAUAGUUAGAUGGUGAUAUGGAAUAACAUGGGGUAGAAUAGUUAGAUGGUGAUAUGGAAUAACAUGGGGUAGAAUAGUUAGAUGGUGAUAUGGAAUAACAUGGGGUAGAUUAGUUAGAUGGUGAUAUGGAAUAACAUGGGGUAGAUUAGUUAGAUGGUGAUAUGGAAUAACAUGGGGUAGAUUAGUUAGAUGGUGAUAUGGAAUAACAUGGGGUAGAUUAGUUAGAUGGUGAUAUGGAAUAACAUGGGGUAGAAUAGUUAGAUGGUGAUAUGGAAUAACAUGGGGUAGAAUAGUUAGAUGGUGAUAUGGAAUAACAUGGGGUAGAUUAGUUAGAUGGUGAUAUGGAAUAACAUGGGGUAGAAUAGUUAGAUGUUGAUAUGGAAUAACAUGGGGUAGAAUAGUUAGGAGAUGGUGAUAUGGAAUAACAUGGGGUAGAACAGUUAGGAGAUGGUGAUAUGGAAUAACAUGGGGUAGAUUAGUUAGAUGUUGAUAUGGAAUAACAUGGGGUAGAUUAGUUAAAUGGUGAUAUGGAAUAACAUGGGGUAGAAUAGUUAGAUGUUGAUAUGGAAUAACAUGGGGUAGAAUAGUUAGAUGUUGAUAUGGAAUAACAUGGGGUAGAUUAGUUAGAUGUUGAUAUGGAAUAACAUGGGGUAGAAUAGUUAGAUGUUGAUAUGGAAUAACAUGGGGUAGAUUAGUUAGAUGUUGAUAUGGAAUAACAUGGGGUAGAAUAGUUAGAUGUUGAUAUGGAAUAACAUGGGGUAGAAUAGUUAGAUGGUGAUAUGGAAUAACAUGGGGUAGAAUAGUUAGAUGUUGAUAUGGAAUAACAUGGGGUAGAAUAGUUAGAUGUUGAUAUGGAAUAACAUGGGGUAGAAUAGUUAGGAGAUGGUGAUAUGGAAUAACAUGGGGUAGAUUAGUUAGAUGGUGAUAUGGAGUAACAUGGGGUAGAAUAGUUAGAUGUUGAUAUGGAAUAACAUGGGGUAGAUUAGUUAGAUGGUGAUAUGGAAUAACAUGGGGUAGAAUAGUUAGAUGUUGAUAUGGAAUAACAUGGGGUAGAAUAGUUAGAUGGUGAUAUGGAAUAACAUGGGGUAGAAUAGUUAGAUGUUGAUAUGGAAUAACAUGGGGUAGAAUAGUUAGAUGUUGAUAUGGAAUAACAUGGGGUAGAUUAGUUAGAUGUUGAUAUGGAAUAACAUGGGGUAGAAUAGUUAGAUGGUGAUAUGGAAUAACAUGGGGUAGAAUAGUUAGAUGGUGAUAUGGAAUAACAUGGGGUAGAAUAGUUAGAUGGUGAUAUGGAAUAACAUGGGGUAGAAUAGUUAGAUGGUGAUAUGGAAUAACAUGGGGUAGAAUAGUUAGAUGGUGAUAUGGAAUAACAUGGGGUAGAAUAGUUAGAUGGUGAUAUGGAAUAACAUGGGGUAGAAUAGUUAGAUGGUGAUAUGGAAUAACAUGGGGUAGAAUAGUUAGAUGGUGAUAUGGAAUAACAUGGGGUAGAUUAGUUAGAUGGUGAUAUGGAAUAACAUGGGAUAUAAUAGUUAGAUGUUGAUAUGGAAUAACAUGGGGUAGAUUAGUUAGGAGAUGGUGAUAUGGAAUAACAUGGGGUAGAAUAGUUAGAUGGUGAUAUGGAAUAACAUGGGGUAGAUUAGUUAGAUGGUGAUAUGGAAUAACAUGGGGUAGAAUAGUUAGGAGAUGGUGAUAUGGAAUAACAUGGGGUAGAUUAGUUAGAUGGUGAUAUGGAAUAACAUGGGGUAGAUUAGUUAGAUGGUGAUAUGGAAUAACAUGGGGUAGAAUAGUUAGAUGGUGAUAUGGAAUAACAUGGUGUAGAUUAGUUAGAUGGUGAUAUGGAAUAACAUGGGGUAGAUUAGUUAGAUGGUGAUAUGGAAUAACAUGGGGUAGAAUAGUUAGGAGAUGGUGAUAUGGAAUAACAUGGGGUAGAUUAGUUAGAUGGUGAUAUGGAGUAACAUGGGGUAGAAUAGUUAGAUGUUGAUAUGGAAUAACAUUGGGUAGAUUAGUUAGAUGGUGAUAUGGAAUAACAUGGGGUAGAUUAGUUAGAUGGUGAUAUGGAGUAACAUGGGGUAGAAUAGUUAGAUGUUGAUAUGGAAUAACAUGGGGUAGAUUAGUUAGAUGGUGAUAUGGAAUAACAUGGGGUAGAAUAGUUAGAUGUUGAUAUGGAAUAACAUGGGGUAGAAUAGUUAGAUGUUGAUAUGGAAUAACAUGGGGUAGAUUAGUUAGAUGUUGAUAUGGAAUAACAUGGGGUAGAAUAGUUAGAUGUUGAUAUGGAAUAACAUGGGGUAGAAUAGUUAGAUGUUGAUAUGGAAUAACAUGGGGUAGAUUAGUUAGAUGUUGAUAUGGAAUAACAUGGGGUAGAUUAGUUAGAUGUUGAUAUGGAAUAACAUGGGGUAGAAUAGUUAGGAGAUGGUGAUAUGGAAUAACAUGGGGUAGAUUAGUUAGAUGGUGAUAUGGAAUAACAUGGGGUAGAAUAGUUAGAUGGUGAUAUGGAAUAACAUGGGGUAGAAUAGUUAGAUGGUGAUAUGGAAUAACAUGGGGUAGAAUAGUUAGAUGGUGAUAUGGAAUAACAUGGGGUAGAAUAGUUAGAUGGUGAUAUGGAAUAACAUGGGGUAGAAUAGUUAGAUGGUGAUAUGGAAUAACAUGGGGUAGAAUAGUUAAAUGGUGAUAUGGAAUAACAUGGGGUAGAAUAGUUAGAUGUUGAUAUGGAAUAACAUGGGGUAGAAUAGUUAGAUGUUGAUAUGGAAUAACAUGGGGUAGAUUAGUUAGAUGUUGAUAUGGAAUAACAUGGGGUAGAAUAGUUAGAUGUUGAUAUGGAAUAACAUGGGGUAGAUUAGUUAGAUGUUGAUAUGGAAUAACAUGGGGUAGAAUAGUUAGAUGUUGAUAUGGAAUAACAUGGGGUAGAAUAGUUAGAUGGUGAUAUGGAAUAACAUGGGGUAGAAUAGUUAGAUGUUGAUAUGGAAUAACAUGGGGUAGAAUAGUUAGGAGAUGGUGAUAUGGAAUAACAUGGGGUAGAAUAGUUAGGAGAUGGUGAUAUGGAAUAACAUGGGGUAGAUUAGUUAGAUGGUGAUAUGGAGUAACAUGGGGUAGAAUAGUUAGAUGUUGAUAUGGAAUAACAUGGGGUAGAUUAGUUAGAUGGUGAUAUGGAAUAACAUGGGGUAGAAUAGUUAGAUGUUGAUAUGGAAUAACAUGGGGUAGAAUAGUUAGAUGGUGAUAUGGAAUAACAUGGGGUAGAAUAGUUAGAUGUUGAUAUGGAAUAACAUGGGGUAGAAUAGUUAGAUGUUGAUAUGGAAUAACAUGGGGUAGAUUAGUUAGAUGUUGAUAUGGAAUAACAUGGGGUAGAAUAGUUAGAUGUUGAUAUGGAAUAACAUGGGGUAGAUUAGUUAGAUGUUGAUAUGGAAUAACAUGGGGUAGAUUAGUUAGAUGUUGAUAUGGAAUAACAUGGGGUAGAAUAGUUAGGAGAUGGUGAUAUGGAAUAACAUGGGGUAGAUUAGUUAGAUGGUGAUAUGGAAUAACAUGGGGUAGAUUAGUUAGAUGGUGAUAUGGAAUAACAUGGGGUAGAAUAGUUAGAUGGUGAUAUGGAAUAACAUGGGGUAGAAUAGUUAGAUGGUGAUAUGGAAUAACAUGGGGUAGAAUAGUUAGAUGGUGAUAUGGAAUAACAUGGGGUAGAAUAGUUAGAUGGUGAUAUGGAAUAACAUGGGGUAGAAUAGUUAGAUGGUGAUAUGGAAUAACAUGGGGUAGAAUAGUUAGAUGGUGAUAUGGAAUAACAUGGGGUAGAAUAGUUAGAUGGUGAUAUGGAAUAACAUGGGGUAGAAUAGUUAGAUGGUGAUAUGGAAUAACAUGGGGUAGAAUAGUUAGAUGGUGAUAUGGAAUAACAUGGGGUAGAAUAGUUAGAUGGUGAUAUGGAAUAACAUGGGGUAGAUUAGUUAGAUGGUGAUAUGGAAUAACAUGGGAUAUAAUAGUUAGAUGUUGAUAUGGAAUAACAUGGGGUAGAUUAGUUAGGAGAUGGUGAUAUGGAAUAACAUGGGGUAGAAUAGUUAGAUGGUGAUAUGGAAUAACAUGGGGUAGAUUAGUUAGAUGGUGAUAUGGAAUAACAUGGGGUAGAAUAGUUAGGAGAUGGUGAUAUGGAAUAACAUGGGGUAGAUUAGUUAGAUGGUGAUAUGGAAUAACAUGGGGUAGAUUAGUUAGAUGGUGAUAUGGAAUAACAUGGGGUAGAAUAGUUAGAUGGUGAUAUGGAAUAACAUGGUGUAGAUUAGUUAGAUGGUGAUAUGGAAUAACAUGGGGUAGAUUAGUUAGAUGGUGAUAUGGAAUAACAUGGGGUAGAAUAGUUAGGAGAUGGUGAUAUGGAAUAACAUGGGGUAGAUUAGUUAGAUGGUGAUAUGGAGUAACAUGGGGUAGAAUAGUUAGAUGUUGAUAUGGAAUAACAUUGGGUAGAUUAGUUAGAUGGUGAUAUGGAAUAACAUGGGGUAGAAUAGUUAGAUGUUGAUAUGGAAUAACAUGGGGUAGAAUAGUUAGAUGUUGAUAUGGAAUAACAUGGGGUAGAUUAGUUAGAUGUUGAUAUGGAAUAACAUGGGGUAGAAUAGUUAGAUGUUGAUAUGGAAUAACAUGGGGUAGAUUAGUUAGAUGGUGAUAUGGAAUAACAUGGGGUAGAAUAGUUAGAUGGUGAUAUGGAAUAACAUGGGGUAGAUUAGUUAGAUGGUGAUAUGGAAUAACAUGGGGUAGAAUAGUUAGAUGGUGAUAUGGAAUAACAUGGGGUAGAUUAGUUAGAUGGUGAUAUGGAAUAACAUGGGAUAGAAUAGUUAGAUGUUGAUAUGGAAUAACAUGGGGUAGAUUAGUUAGGAGAUGGUGAUAUGGAAUAACAUGGGGUAGAAUAGUUAGAUGGUGAUAUGGAAUAACAUGGGGUAGAAUAGUUAGAUGUUGAUAUGGAAUAACAUGGGGUAGAAUAGUUAGGAGAUGGUGAUAUGGAAUAACAUGGGGUAGAUUAGUUAGAUGGUGAUAUGGAAUAACAUGGGGUAGAAUAGUUAGAUGGUGAUAUGGAAUAACAUGGGGUAGAAUAGUUAAGAGAUGGUGAUAUGGAAUAACAUGGGGUAGAAUAGUUAGAUGUUGAUAUGGAAUAACAUGGGGUAGAAUAGUUAGAUGUUGAUAUGGAAUAACAUGGGGUAGAAUAGUUAGAUGGUGAUAUGGAAUAACAUGGGGUAGAAUAGUUAGAUGGUGAUAUGGAAUAACAUGGGGUAGAAUAGUUAGAUGUUGAUAUGGAAUAACAUGGGGUAGAUUAGUUAGAUGGUAAUAUGGAAUAACAUGGGGUAGAAUAGUUAGAUGGUGAUAUGGAAUAACAUGGGGUAGAUUAGUUAGGAGAUGGUGAUAUGGAAUAACAUGGGGUAGAUUAGUUAGAUGGUGAUAUGGAAUAACAUGGGGUAGAUUAGUUAAGCACUAUUUGCACUGUAUUACUAGAGAACAUUGGUUAUGUAAUUAUUACUAUAGAAUGUCCGUUAUCCCAGAGGAUGACUGGGAUGGGAUUCAUUUUCCCAAAUUGACCACUGUAAUUCUUACUUUUUUAAAAUAAAUUCACAGUUAUGACAGAA